AUGACAAAAGCUCGGCCGCGCGCGAGAGAUCCCAAAGCGGAGAAAUCGAUCUGCCCGCGACCUCGCUUUCCUCGCCUACGCAACAUCUCCAUCCUUCCUAUUCUCGCACUUGCUUUUCGAGGAGACCAGAUCCUCCAGAAGAAGCUCCUGCUGCACCACCAACGCCAACUCCUUUGCCUGCCGCAUCCGAGACCCCCCCAACCCCAGCGCAAGCUCACUUUGAAGAUCGCACGGAAGCCACAGCCCGAGCCAAGUGAAGAGAAACCGAAGAAAAAGAAAAGCACGAAAAAACGACCAGUUGAGCAUGUCGCUCCCCCCGAACCUGAGCCCGAACCCAUCCAGCAAGCACCCAAGAGAUUGAAAUUAAAUCCUUCAAAAAAGCCGGGCUUACAGUCGAUUCGAAUCAAAAACAAGGGACAAGUUCCCACGCGGCCGGUCGGUGUUGGUUACGACUCCGAGGCUUCAGACAACGAGAUCGAUCCUGCCAUCGAAGAACAAUUCAUCCUACGAAUGCUGCCUGGAGAAGAUUGUGAACACCUACAGAAGACGAUCAAUGAGCGAAACUUUAACAACUCCGAGUUUGCGUUCAAGCCCCUCACCCGUGAGGGCCGUCGGGCCAUUUUAAAGGUCCGGGACAAGCAGUACGCCGCGGCAAUGGUGGAUCUCCCUUGUAUCAUCGAGGGCAUGAAGAGUUGGGACCGACGAGGCUGGUACAAGUCGGCGGACAUCUGCCAGAUGUUAUUGGUUCUUGGGCGAGUGAACAACGACCAAGAAGCCAUGGAAUACCCGCUCCCUUCAGACGUUCAAUACCUCGAUGACAAGACCCUUCAAUAUCCUCACGGCCUAGCGCCUCCCUUACGAUGGACGCGCCGACGCCGAUUCCGCAAUCGCUUGAGCACACGAACUAUUGAACAAGUGGAAAAGGCUGUUGAAGAUCUCAUGGCUCAAGAUGAAACAUCUAUCUUCCCUCCCAAAUUUGAGCUGGUGGAUAGUGCAUCUCUCAAUCGUGCUGAAGGAUUAGCACAAAAUGAAGGCUACGUAGAGGACUACGACGAGGAGCAGGAUGCCGAAGGCGAAGUCGAAGAUGACAUGAUGGGCGACUUUGACGAUGACCUGGCUGCUGAGAUGGAGGCUGCACUAGCCGCUGGCGACGACGACUUACCAGGACCCGGACCAGAUCAGGCCGACACACCUUCGGUACAACCAUUCACACCUGGUGGCGAUCAGACAGAACGGGGUGAUAGCUCUGCGGAAGAGAGCAACAUUUCCGAUGAAGACGAGGAUGACGAUGAUAUGGAUGAAGACCAAAUCGAGCAGCAACAACAACUACAACAACAGCGCGAAGAGGUUGCUGAGCUAGAAGGCCUCAUCCGCACUGAAACCGCUCAAUGGGAGAAGGUCCAAAACCACAUUCUUCGCAACAAGAUGGGACGCCGUAUCCAGGAGCUAAAGAAGGAUCUUGAAUUGAAGAAGGUAUCCAUGGGCAUGCCUAGUGGUGACGAUAUCUGA